AUCGAACCUACACAAUGUUUUUGGAGCAAUAUAUACCUGGUAACAAAGUAACAAAAACAGACACAGAAAAUAUAUUUGAAGAAGAGACGGUGAAAAUCUGUAAAAGAGGUUCAUAUAUGGGCAUAUGGCAGCUGUUUGCCUUAAGCUCUGUUCUAAAAAAGAAAUUCACUUCACUGUACCCAAUCAUAGGUCAAAGUUCCGUGAAGCAGGUGCUGAAUAGAAGCAUACUUCCAAGGCAAGGUGACCACAAUGAACCAAGCGUUACAGUAAUGUGGACAUCCACGCGAACAGAUAUGGUACCACAACAUUGGAUUCCAAACCACUUUGUGCCACUUUUACCUACCACACGACUGUCAUAUUUCACUGAAAUGAUGGGAGAUUUGAGUGGCAUGAUUGACGGCUUCGACUUCAAUGACGAAGAUGCUGAUCUAUCCCUGGAUGAUUCCAUGAUGGACACCAUUCUUACUACUCUGUCCUCGAGCAUCCCCACGCCUGAUAGCACCGCCACACCUGAGGGAAUUGAGGAGAUAACAAAGACUGGUGAAGUUGCCAAGUGGGAUGAUGAUACUGACUUGUCAGGACGUGAAAUCCAGUCAAGCAACGGUACAAAAGACAUUGACCCCACCUUCACGCGUGAUGGCACCUCUACACCUGAUGGCACCCCCACACCUGAGGACACCGGGCCCACACCUGAUGGCACUCCCACACCUGAGGACACUGGGCCCACACGUGAUGGCACCCCACACACCGGGCCCACACCUGAUGGCAUCCCCACACCUGAGGAAACACCGGGCCCACACCUGAUGGCACCCCCCACACCUGAGGACACCGGGCCCACACCUGAUGGCACCCCCACACCUGAGGACACAGGACCCACACUUGAUGGCACCCCAACACCUGAGGACACCGGGCCCACACCUGAUGGCACCCCCACACCUGAGGACACCGGGCCCACACCUGAUGGCACCCCCACACCUGAGGACACUAGGCCUACACCUGAUGGCACCCCCAGACCCAAUCAAACUGAGGAGAUAACCAUUGCUGGUGUUGAUGAUGUUGACUUGCCAGGACGUGAAAUCCUAAAAGAGCCGGAGAUGCUUGCUUUAGGUAUCAAAGCAUUCAACUUCACAGCUUCAAAGAAAGUUGAAUCUAUGUUACAUCUUGAUGACAUAUCCUCACAUGCUAAACCAGAAAAGACAUAA